AUGACACUCCUUCAAUUCCUCCGCCAAGCACGUCAAGUGCACCUCCAAUUCCUUGCAGGCACUCUCUCUGAACCCCCAAUCUACGUCCUAGGCAAUCCUUCCGCCGACCUUGACUCUAUAAUCUCCGCAAUCCUCUAUUCCUACUGCGCCAACAACCGUCUUCCCACCACAACCCCGCGCCCACACAUCCCACUCCUAAACCUCCCCAACAUCCCCGCCGGCCCCGAACUAUACCGCCUUCGACCCGAGUUCGUCACAGCCCUAUGGCUCUCCACCAAUUCCCCCGCCCUAAGCCCAGAUGAACAAUUCGACGAUUCUUCCCACUCGGCGGGCUCCUUUCUCCGCGAACACAUCCUUACCACCGCAGACUUUGCGCAGAACCUGAAAGAUCGGGUUCAACACUCUUCUUCAGCAUCCAAGCUCGACCUCCUCGUCGACGCGAUCUUGGUCGACUGGAAUGCGCUCCCAGAACGCGUCGACGGAGCACCCGGGCAGGGCUCCCUAGGCGGCGUUCUCUCACAGGUCAUCUUCCGCGUAGUGGGCUGCAUUGAUCACCAUGUUGACGAAAAAUUCAUGCCGCCCGCUGCGGACCUGCCGGACGACCAGCCGCUGAUCAUCCAAUCUGGACCCGGAUCCUGCGCGUCCUUGAUCACGGAUGAGAUGCAGAAGCGGGGGUUCUGGGGUACGGAUGCGGGUGCGGGCGCGGCAGCGGAAAUGGCGCAGGUCGCCAAAUUAGCGCUCGCGCCCAUUCUUAUUGAUACCUCGAACCUUACGGCGGAAGGCAAAGUCACGGAUGUGGAUGUGAAAGCCGUGGAGUUUUUGCGGCCGCGGGCUGCUGGCGGGGAGGAGCGGUCGUGGAACAUGCAGAAAUUUUACGAGGCGAUUCUCUCGGCCAAGCAGAAUAGCCUUGAUCGGUUGACGUUGCACGAGGUUUUGGAUCGGGAUUAUAAGGAGUGGACGGAGACGGUUGGGUCGUCUGAUCUAGGCAUCACGCUUGGGUUUUGCUCGUCGGUGAAGCCUAUUCGGUGGGUUGUUGAGAAAGCGGGCGGGCCGCAGCAGUUCUUGAAUGGUGUGCGGUCCUUUGCGAGUUCGGAGGGGAAGGAGUUGGACGUGGUGGUUGUUAUGACGUCGUUUACAUCCAGCGAGGGUGAGUUUUCUCGCGAGCUUUUCAUCGGCGUUGUUGGGGAUCACGUCGCUAUCAAGGGCAUUGAGAGUUUCGUUGCGCAUGCUGGAUCUCACCUUGGGCUUUCGGAGUGGAUGGCGGUGGAUGGUGAGGCCGGGAAUAGUCCUGAAGAGGAAGAUAUUCGGACCACGUUGAAUGGAGAAAAGGGGCUUUGGAGGGCAUUAUGGAUCCAGAAGGAUACGAAGGCCAGCAGAAAGCAGGUGGCUCCUUUAUUGCGGGGUGCUGUUUCUAAGUUAUAA